AUGAUGAUGUGCCAACUGCCCGUGAGGAUCCUUGAUACCAACCAAAGCAAGUGGCAACAUGGAUACCAGCCCUUCCACUUCCCCCCGGACGUCACAAGGUUUAGGCUGGGAAGCUACGUUGAAACUGUCGGCUAUGGAUGCCCCAUUUCCACUGACGGGAGUAUCGUUCACAAGCACGAUUCGGUUCAACCUGAAGCCGGCAAGAUAUCGGAGGAUGUCGACUUCGAUCUCUCCAUGGUGCACAAGAGGAUUUACUCGGCUUGCCUGGUGGCCACCACCUACGGCAAGAAUACUUUCUCCGCCCUUCGAAGCAUCCAGCUUCGCAUACUCGCUCCGUCGCAUCUACUGUCAGAUUCACUGGAGAGGGAGAUUGCGAGGGUCGUCUUCUCCCGGGAGGGUUGUUUCGGGAGGAAGCGAAACGGCAGCAGUUUACCUAGCCGACAAUCAAGCAUGCCCAACGUUGUAGUCCUCGGCGAUAUCAGGAGACUUCUUUCUCAGGCUGCGGCAGUAGGGGGUGAUGUGGGCGGCGGACCUCCCGGGGUAGGAGGAGAGCCAGGAGCGUGGAACCUUCGAGCACCAAACGUCCUCGCAUCGCACGUAGAUACACCGCAGGAGGAAGCAUCUAAGGUGAUACCUCUCGUCCAGUGCUAUCUGCGGGAUUGGAUUCCCUCAAUCGAAGUCAUAGGACAGGAACUCCUGAUCAGGCGUGUCUACGAUAUCGUCAGCUUUCUCCCCGUCGGGGAUCUCGAGGCGAUGAAGGCUGAUUGGGUGAAAGCAGGGACCUUCGGGGUCACCAAAGAGCUUUUCCUGGGAAUAAUGCUGCGGGUCCUGCUGCGAGCACAUGUUCCUCUCCGGGACGAGCGCCAGCGCUUGGAGCUGACGAGCCUCCUCUCCGACCUAUUUGACCAGAUAUCGCGCACAAAGAGAGAUGGAGCAGAGGCGUUCACGGGAUUAAGGUCGGGAAAGGAUGUGCUCACAUGGGAACAGUUUACCACCUUUUGGGUUGAGGCAGCGACGAUCAACACUCAUUCGCAGGUAGGCGCGGCCCCGUGCUUGUGCACCGAUGCCAUCAACGUUCCUGCAAUAGGAUUGAUCGAGUUCUUUGCGGACACUCGACUCUACGGUUACAAGCAUCGCAUGGCUGUGGACGGAGUGAAAGGUGGCUCCCUGGACGGUCGUGCCGUGCGGUGUUGGGCCGACGAGACGCUGCAGUGGGAGAUGGACUCGAACUUUGAGUUGGCCGUGAGGAAGCCGACGAAGUUGAUAAGUCUGCCUCUCAUGCACCUCGUCGUGGGCCUCGAGGAACGAGGAAGCUACGUCAGCAUUCUCAACGGACAUACCGGACGGCUACACGUGACCCUAUGCCCAAGCACUCUACAGACCGUCACAACCGGAGGGCUCAACCCUCACGAGUCGUUCCUCACGGUAUUGGAUGUCGAGUGCAUCGACACCAAGGGCAUCGUCGUCAUCUCAUCAACGGACCAUGCCAUAUCGGUGUGGCACUACAACCAUGGAAGCGAGAAUGCAAUCUGGCGCUGCAGUUUGCACAGUCGAUCCGCCCAAAUCUUGAUCACCUGGGUUCCUCACGAACGAGGGUUUCUGGUAUCCGCUGGGGUCGACCACGAGGUGACGGCGUGGUGCGUAGACAAGCAGCUACGGCUGGCCGUCAUGCAGGGCCACCGUGCCAGAGUCACGGGCGUGACGUACAUCCCUCAGCAUGGACAGUUCGCCACGUGCGCCUUCGACAAGACGGUUCGACUUUGGGACGCGGACCACUUUGCUGCUGUCGCCGAGAUAAAAUGUCGAAGCCCCGUCAAGUUCGUGGAUGCCCGCGGAGACCUUGUUCUCUGCAUCACGCUGGAGAUCGAGGCUCAUGUUCUGAGUGUUUCAACGCGACGUCCAUGGUGCCGGCUUAUCGGCCACAACCAUCUCAUCGUGGGGGGCUCAAUGGUGCACUUUGUCGACGCUAGGCAGGGCAGGCAAACAAGAGCAAUCACGGGUGAUCUACGGGGAGAGUUUUUCAUCUGGGACAUUGGAAACGCUGAGGCGAAGAACGGGUGCGCCGAGGUGAUGCAGACGUUCUGCGUCUACACUUGGCGACCGAACUUGGGCGAGAUUGUGGGUUUCGAGCGAUAUCACCGGCACGUCUUGGCUGGUACCGGCAGCAAUAAGUGCGAACGCGACAACUUGUCAAAGACGCCAGGGCCGCCAACGUUCUCGUUUACAACGGUGGACAAAUCGAUGGACAUCAUCGCUUCGACGGGACAGCACCUCCGCUUUUGGAACCUGCAAACCAGCGAACCUCUGAGAAUGAUAGCCUCCCCGUGUCCCCAAGGCAUCACGGCCAUGACAACCGACAAGCCGGACCCCAAAAAAAUCUACCUCGGCACGUCGGACGGAGGGAUUGCGGUUGUACACAUUGUGACCGGGCAGCUGCUGUUCGAGGCUAAGAAUGCCCACAACGGGGCGGUGGUGCUCGUGGUCGUGUGCUCGGUAUCGCGAGAGGUGGUGUCGGUUGGGGUCGAUCGGCGAGUAGCGGUCCACCGCGAGAAGGCUAAUGGCCUCGGCCUCGUCCAGGCAGGGGAAAUAGAAGAAGCACACAAGGUGAUGAUCUCCGCUUGCGCGAUCAGCCAAGAUGCGCAGCUGAUCGCCACGGCAGCAGGGGGCGAAAUUCGCCUUUGGCACAAGCAGGUGUGGUACCAGUGCUCUCCGUUCAAACUUUUACGAAAUAUGUUUGAGUCGCAGGUGCUGAUAGUGGACCUCUCGUUCCAAGGCGGGAUCUCCGACCUCGACGCGGACGUACUCGGCUUGGUCUUCCUGCCGGGGACGGCAUGCCUGCUUGCCAGCGAUUCGGGGGGUGAUGUCGUCUUGUGGGUGACUGAGUUCAGCAAAGCAGCUGGAGAAGCCCGCGCGGGCAACAAAACAGCGCCAAGUGGACCAAGGUCGAUACCGUCGUCAUCGGCCGUACCAGAUAUGCGCGGAGCAAAGGCAACCCCGCCCAGUGACGUAGAAGUGACGGCACAAUCAGACUCGCGGCCAAAUAUUCACACAAGUGGGGCCCGCUCUGCACCGGCUUGGGAAGCUGAUGAAGAGUUUAUAGGAGGGGACGGGGACGGACAGGGGGGCAGUGCAAAUGACGAUGCUGCUGCAAAGGCAGGCGCUGGGGCACGUGGGCCGGACGGCGUCAAUGGCAGCAAGGCUGGCAAGGAGCUCCUUUCGAAUGCUGAGUUGUCCGAUGACUCCGAAGCGAUCUCGGCCGUCGACAAAAACAACCCAAGGGAGGAAAGGUCCACAAAACACACGGAAGCGACAACUGCUUCAUUUCCACAGGCACACAACAAGGUGGGAAGGAGAGCGAGACCACCGCACCCUUCCGUUGCCACCGCCAAGCGACAAACGGGGUCUUGCACCCUGCGGCCUGGGCUGCUCCUUUCAGGCAGGCGGGUGAACCAAGCACACAGGUCGCUCGACGACGAACAGUCCCACAACCAACUGCCGCAGCAGCAGCCAAGCCCGGUGUACGAGAUGCAUCUUCACAGCAUGUACGACGACCGCAAGCCCGCGGAAUCGCCACAGCAGCAGAAGAGCAACCACGGCUCCGACGGCAAGCCUUCCCGCGACACAAGAGAAGAUGACACUAGGACGACAACAGGGGACGGGGCGAGCGCGAACAAUGCAGCGGCGGCGUCGGGCGAGCAAUCCACUGACGAGUGCUCGGAAAGUCAUGGUACAGAUCGAGCGGAAAGGAGAACCAAGCAAGUGAUUGUGACCGGAAGCGCAGGAGGGUGGAUCGAGGUCUGGGAGGCGAAAGGUCUUUUGGCUACGGCGGGCGUAGACGAGGAGGCAAUGGCGGCCAAGCUGCAACGGCGGCAGCCGCAGGAAAGGCAAGGGGUGCACAUCCAGGCCACCAGGGUUCGUCGCUCGGGCCUGACAUGUUGUACGCCGUCGGCUGCAUCUGAGUUUGUCGGGGGAAGUACGAAAAGCGCUCUCGAAGCGUUACAUCCCGUUCCCCCCUCCCUGCGAUGGGAGGCGCAUCGCGGGAGCCCGGUGUCGACUCUGUGCGCGCUCGAUAAGACUCCGCUUGUGGUGACCGCUAGCACCGACAGCACCAUAAGGCUAUUCUCUCUCGCCGACGUCCAGGUGAUUGCACCCAGUCUUUUCACCCCUGCUGCACCCUCUUACACGGAACUCACGCCCGGUGGAGUUGCUGGCGAAAACAUUCCGGCGGCGAGCCAAUCGGCAGCCAGCACGGCAGGCCGCGGGCCCAGCCACGCCGCUUCCCUUCUGGAGGUAACCGAGCAGGGGCGGCCGCCAUCGAUAGCCGAUCAUCGAAAUGCGGGUGGAACUACGUUCCUAACCGCUGUUCAACAUGAGCCAGAAGGUGGUGCCGCUGACUUUGGUCGCCAUGGUGACACGGGCAACCAGGACAGCCUUUUUCCGGGCAGAGGAAACCAUGGUCGUGUUCACGUGGCGUACUGUGCGCCGGACGACCGUUUCGCUGGCGUAUUUGCCGCACCGGUUGCUGCUGCUCCUUCUACCCAACCGGGAGCCGUCACCACCAAGGAAAACCUAGCCGGCGGCGGCAAGGGCGGCAUGGAGGAUCGCGAUUGGCAGAAAUUGAUCGAUGGCAACGCCGCAGACCUGGGAUUUAGAAAGCCGGCGGCGGCGGAGCUAGGGUCGACUACGGCUAAGCCGACCCGAGGGGAACCGGCGGCAGACAAAGCGGGCAUUGUCGGGCAUUCGGUAGAGGGGGCGGCUCGGAGAGGAUCGGACAGCCUGUGGGACCGGGGACAAUCUCCGCCGGACUCCUUCGACAAGCAAAGGAUGACUCUCACAAGCGCCCGCGCGGCCAAGAAUCACCUGGGAAAGGUCCUCUACGGGAACAUGUAUCACGAGAUCAAGUCCGGCGCCGCAUGUAACACCCUGGUGAUGGAGUACGUUCACCGAAAGAACACGCGGGGUGAUGCCGUGAUAGACACGGAGGUGUCUCCUUUCUUGAAGGAAAACUUAACGGCCAGAUUGCCUUCUUUAGCAGAACGACGGCGACGACGAAGACGCCAAGUCAACGGCGGUGCAAAGGCUUCCAACUCCGUCAACGGUGCCCCAGCCUCGGCAAAGAGCACCGGUGGAAGGGACACGUUGCAAUCUAAUUCAUGGUCGCGAACGGGUGGAGGCACUAACACCGGAACUUCUGCGAGCACGGAUGAAGCUAGGGAAAUGCUAGGGUUAGAGCGUAGCACGGGGGAAGGAGGGUCUCCGGGGAAAACAUCCGGUCCUGACAUCGUCGAGAAUCAAGCGCAAACGCAGCAAACCUUAGAGGAAUGGCACGGGCACCCCCGAACCCACACAGGCAGUGCACACGGAAGGCUUCCCAAUAGAGAUAGUGGCGUGGACAACAGCGACGGCAACACUGGAAAGCGGGUGCAACGCCGCCCUCGCUUCAACUCACCCAUUAGCAGUGGUCCUACCAAACAAAACAUCGAAAAUAGGGCAGUGGCUACCGAUCAAGAUCAUACAGAAUCACGGAGAAGCGUCAGGGGAAUGGAGCCUCAACAUGAACACGCCGCAUCACCCAUCCUUGCCUCAGGGCGAAACCUGGCCAUUAUCAAACAAGAAGACAAUCAUUGUUUUUCGAGAGGCAACCACAGCAACUACAGACCAGUUGCUGUUGGUCGCAGAGAUGGAAGAGUGGGACGGAGAAGGGGUGCGGAGAUGAAGAACGAUCAUGAGGCACCGGGCGGUGGCACGUCCUCUUCAUCGAUGGAUUUGCGGCAGGGUCGAAGGCAGAUCACGACCUGUGCGUCGCUCACGACACUCUCGCUGCAAGAGAUGGAACAACGAAAAGCAUAUUCCGGCAGCCGGGGUGCCGGCGAAGACGCUUUAGAUAGGUGCUUAGUGGGGGGGGGUCUGCCCCCUACUCAAUGUGGUGCAACAAAAUCCUCGGUUGGUGCGUACAUCCGUCGGCGAGUGAAUCCGUCGGAAGGAUCUCUGGCGUCGAGGUUCAAAGAGACUAACGAGGCCCUUCUUGGCGUGGCCAACUUUGGGACGUACACCAGAAGCGAGGUGGAAACCCUGGGCGGAGUCUUCCUAUUGUUCGCCAGGGAGGGGUUCCGCUUAACGUACGACAUGUGGCGAAAGGCCAUGCUAAGCAACAACGGGGUUCGGGUUCUCAAAGGUCUUCAGUUUGGCAUGCUCGACGAGGACAACGACGGGGAAGUAUCCUUGGCCGACAUCACCAGGGCGGUCUUCCGGAGGGCGGGCAGCCGAGAUCUUCAUCGCAUUCGUCGAUUCCUCGAGGUGCUCGUUGGGGAAAGUGACUGCAUAUUCAACUGCGCACCACUGUUUUGGGAGCCUACAAAGCGGCUGAGACAUGAUCUAUUCCGUCAAGCGACUGACACGCAGCAAUUUACCAACGGACACAUGAGUGUGGGCUGGUACGCUCUGAGCGCCUACCAUCGGAGAGAGCGGCAGAAGCACCAACGACGUCAAGUGAACAAGGCCCUCAAAGAGACGCGAGGUUCCACGGUCCAACUUUCUGUUGGCACGAAAAUGCGCGGUUCAACUUUCCGCCAACCAGGUACGACUGGAGAUUUGGCUAGCGUGGGGAAGUAG